UUAGAAGAAAAAUAACAAGAAAUAAAAGAAUAAGGCAGGGAGAAAGCGGAGGGCGUUUGGAAGUGAGGAGGCCGAUCAUUCCUCGUGUUUCCUUUUUAAUCACCACCGUCUUAUCGAGGCAGCGAUGAAUUCGGAUUCAUCGAGGAAGGAUUUUUAUCUCCUCCUGCUCUCUGAGCCUCCGCGCUCGUGCAAUUCUGUAGUACGCCUCUUGGUCCCGACGAUCCCUGGUCAUUAGUUUCCGGAAUUGCUUGCCUCAUAAAUUAUAUAACAAGUUAUUUGAGGUAAUUAGCCACUAAUGGCGGCUGCAGAAGCGAGGCAUGCUUGGCAGCGCACUUUAAACCGUUGCCUAGUCCAGGAAGAUGCAAAGCGAGCUCCAAAAUUAGCUUGCUGUCCAUCAUCAACACCACAAACUGAUUCAAGCAAUGGGAAUGCAGCAAGCACACAUGAUUGUCCUGUCGCCAAUUUCAUUCCUUUAAACAGGAAUCAAAUGAAUCCUAAUUUAUCACCUGAAACGAAAUGGUGGCUUCAGAUCCAACCCAACUAUGUAUACCACAAGGAUUUUAUCUGUGAGCAACUUUGCUUCUCACGAGAUGAAGUUGAUGAGAAGGACAUGAAAACUACAAUACCAACAUCAAAAAUGGAUGGGGACUCUUCACCAGUUGACUCUAUCAACCUUGUUCUAAAAAAUGAAGAGAGUUCUAUGGAAUCUCCUUGGAUUGUAUCAACAGCUUUCAUGAAGCGUGGACCUGAAACAAGUGUCAAAGAGAUGAAUAUUAUGGCCAGUUCUUCACAGCAUCCACUGAAGCGGAAGACAGAUAUGUAUGAUUAUCUCUAUAACGAGGAACAGCUUCUUGAUUUGAAGUUAGUUGAUCGAUUAAUUUCGAAGAGGUUAGAGAAGGAUUCUUUGGAUCUUGAAACACCUCGGGCUGGAGUUAAUAAGUCUGAGCCGUGGUGGCAUAUUGCUGACAAAGAUGAAUUGGCUUCAUUGGUUGCCCAAAAAUCACUACAGCAUAUUGAAAACUGUGAUCUACCUAAACCCACCCAGACCGUUCAUGUUGCUAGGGACCCAUUUUCUUCUCCUGAUAAUUUAAAUACUCGUGGAAGACUUCAAUCAUCAUUUAGUGGAAACAUAAAUGCUGGCAUAUGCAAUGCCAAUGAAUAUUCUGAUAAUACCUCUUUUUAUGGGAUCUCUGGCAACAAGAACCUUUCUUCUGACGAAGGAGACCAUAUGUGGAUUGAUUCAGACAAAAUGUCCAGCAAUCUUAUGCAGCCAUGCACAAGGCCGUGCAAAUAUGGAACACCAUGAAAUCAACCGGCCAUCCGAGAGUGACCGUACGAGAGCUCAGCUGCUGGACGCACUUCGCCGUUCCCAGACCCGAGCUAGGAAAGCUGAAAUGGCAGCUCAGAAAGCAUACGAUGAGAAGGAGCACAUAGUCAAGCUGUUGUUUAGAGAGGCA